AUGAAACUGCGUGUUCAAGAAGGCUUCGACAGCCAACUACAAGAUCCAAUUACUCUUGACAAAGUACUUGAACGACAACUGCAAUUUAAACAGGUUCACUUGAAGAAAGUAGAAGAUCAACUCUGGAACUCACUCUAUUGGACACAAGAUCUAACUCGACCAGAUCGCUUGGCUAAAGCAAUCAAUACAAUCGUUCGUAAGAACUCAACUGAUAGCAAUCAUUUUCUCUAUGACAGUCAAGCUGCUAAGAAUAUUCAUAAACUCGCUUUGACUCAACAUGAUAUUGAUCGAUUUGAACAACUUGAUAAAUUAUUAGCAACUCAUGAGCAUAGAAAAUCAUCAUCUGGAUCUGGUGCAAGUCAUUCUGGAGGUGGAGCACAUGACCAUUCGAGAAGCCAAUAA